GCCCCAUUUCAGAAGCCAACCGCCCCCGGGGUCUUCCCAGGGCACUGGGGAGGGCCAAGGCCCAGGCCCACCAUGCCCAGCCUGUUGCUGCUCGCCGCUGCUCUGCUGUCCAGCUGGGCCCAGCUUCCGGCUGAAGCCAGCUCCUGGUGGUCAUUAGCUAUGAACCCGGUGCAGAGACCUGAGAUGUUUAUCAUCGGUGCCCAGCCCGUGUGCAGCCAGCUUCCUGGGCUCUCCCCUGGCCAGAGGAAGCUGUGCCAACUGUACCAGGAGCACAUGGCCUACAUCGGGGAGGGAGCCAAGACGGGCAUCAAGGAGUGCCAGUACCAAUUUCGCCAGCGGCGGUGGAACUGUAGCACAGUGGACAACGCGUCCGUCUUUGGGAGAGUCAUGCAGAUAGGGAGCCGGGAGACCGCCUUCACCUACGCAGUGAGUGCCGCGGGGGUGGUGAACGCCAUCAGCAGGGCUUGCAGGGAGGGCGAGCUCUCCACGUGUGGCUGCAGCCGGACAGCGAGGCCCAAGGACCUUCCCCGGGACUGGCUGUGGGGCGGCUGCGGGGACAAUGUGGAGUACGGCUACCGCUUUGCCAAGGAGUUUGUGGAUGCCCGCGAGCGGGAGAAGAACUUCGCCAAGGGGUCGGAGGAGCAGGGCCGGGUGCUCAUGAACUUGCAGAACAACGAGGCGGGGCGGAGGGCUGUGUACAAGAUGGCAGACGUGGCCUGCAAAUGCCACGGCGUCUCGGGCUCCUGCAGCCUCAAGACGUGCUGGCUGCAGCUGGCCGAGUUCCGAAAGGUGGGGGACCAGCUGAAGGAGAAGUACGACAGCGCGGCCGCCAUGCGCAUCACCCGCAAAGGCAAGCUGGAGCUGGUCAACAGCCGCUUCAACCAGCCCACCCCGGAGGACCUGGUCUACGUGGACCCCAGCCCGGACUACUGCCUGCGCAACGAGACCACGGGCUCGCUGGGCACGCAGGGCCGCCUGUGCAACAAGACGUCGGAGGGCAUGGACGGCUGCGAGCUCAUGUGCUGUGGCCGCGGCUACGACCAGUUCAAGAGUGUGCAGACGGAGCGCUGCCACUGCAAGUUCCACUGGUGCUGCUACGUCAAGUGCAAGAAGUGCACGGAGAUCGUCGACCAGUACGUCUGUAAAUAGCCGGCCGGGGUGCUCUUCCGGCCGCUUCGCCACU